AGACUCCAUAUCCCAGAAGUCACCGCGAGUAGCACGUCGACUGACGGGACGCAUUAGCUCACGCGGACUGUCUCUGGGAGUGCUGAGUCGAAUAUCCUCGCUGGCGUCUCAACGACAGAAACCGGCUGCUUUAUUUCACCUGAAUCGGAGACAAUACAUUACACUUCGAGUUGGGACGCUGUCAAUCACACCACGGGGUGAGGUUAACAUCGGGUUUUGGGCGGACACUUACGGAGACCAAGAACUGCGUAGCUCAAAUCUCUCAGUUGUGAAAAUCCAAGACCCACGAUGGACCCGAGAGACACUGCCCCUGAUUCCUGGGAACAAGAGGACGAUGUGGAGGCCACAAUCGACGGACAACUUGAAUCAGCAUUCACAACCCUGAAUGUGAACGCUAAACCGUUUGUGCCCAAUGUAAACGCUGCCGAAUUUGUUCCGGCUUUUGCCAUGAAAGCACACUCGGAAAAUCUUGAUUCUGCUGUUGCUGUUGAAAAGAUAUCCACCAUGGAGGUGUCAGAAAGUGCUGUGUGUGCGACACCAGUGGAGAACGGCGACACAGAGAUGAGCACAGAGGAGCCAUGGGACCAGAAAGAGGCUGAGCCAAACGAGGAGGAGCCAGGAGGCGGGGACCGGGGGCCAGUGGUGAAAGCGGCCACUGAGGAGACGGCGGCACCGGAGAUGAUGGAGGAGGAAGAGGAAGCGCCAGCACCCAAGGUUCCACCUACACAGCCAGACGCCCCCAGGAAGGAACACAUCAAUGUUGUGUUCAUUGGACACGUAGAUGCUGGAAAGUCUACCAUUGGUGGACAAAUCAUGUAUCUAACAGGCAUGGUAGACAAGAGAACCUUAGAGAAGUAUGAGAGGGAAGCCAAGGAGAAGAACCGGGAAACCUGGUAUCUGUCUUGGGCUUUAGACACCAACCAAGAGGAGAGGGACAAAGGCAAGACGGUGGAGGUGGGCCGAGCAUACUUUGAGACAGACAAAAAGCACUUUACCAUCCUAGACGCUCCAGGUCACAAGAGCUUUGUGCCCAACAUGAUCGGAGGUGCAUCACAAGCAGAUUUGGCUGUUCUGGUAAUCUCUGCGAGGAAAGGCGAGUUUGAAACUGGUUUUGAGAAGGGCGGACAGACACGGGAGCACGCCAUGUUGGCCAAAACAGCUGGUGUCAAACACCUGAUAGUUUUGGUGAAUAAAAUGGAUGACCCUACAGUCAACUGGAGCCUGGAGAGAUAUGAAGAGUGUAAGGAGAAACUAGUGCCAUUUUUGAAGAAGGUGGGCUUUAAUCCGAAGAAAGACAUUCACUUCAUGCCAUGUUCCGGACUGACAGGAGCCAACCUGAAAGAGCCCACUGACAUGUGCUCCUGGUACACAGGUUUACCUUUCAUUCCACACCUGGACAGUUUGCCAAAUUUCAACAGAUCGAGCGAUGGCCCGGUCAGAUUGCCCAUUGUAGACAAAUACAAGGACAUGGGCACUGUGAUUCUGGGCAAACUGGAGUCGGGCUCCAUCAGUAAAGCACAACAGCUGGUCAUGAUGCCAAACAGGCAUGUGGUGGAAGUGUUGAGUCUCCUGUCAGACGACGUGGAGACGGACGAUGCCGGGCCAGGUGAAAACCUCAAGCUGCGACUGAAAGGCAUUGAGGAGGAGGAGAUCCUGCCUGGCUUUAUCCUGUGUAACGCUGAGAACCUCUGCCACUCGGGGCGCACCUUUGACGCCCAGAUUGUCAUCAUCGAACACAAAUCCAUCAUCUGUCCAGGUUACAAUGCAGUCCUUCACAUUCACACCUGCAUUGAAGAAGUGCAAAUUACGGCCUUAAUCUGUCUGGUAGACAAGAAGACAGGAGAGAAGAGUAAGACACGACCACGAUUUGUCAAACAGGACCAGGUCUGCAUCGCCCGCCUGCGUACAGCAGGAACCAUUUGCCUUGAGACCUUUAAAGAGUUUCCUCAGAUGGGACGGUUCACCUUACGGGACGAAGGGAAGACCAUCGCCAUCGGUAAGGUGCUGAAGCUGGUUGCUGAGCGGGACUGAACAUGAGAUGAGCUGCUUUGGAAGUCCUGGUGAGAAGGAGCGGGCAGAGCUCAGUCAUGACCCGCCCACACUGUUGUCAGCGGUGACGGCACCUCCCUGUCACGCGCCGCCCCCACCCCCUCUUCUGCGUGCCGAAGAUCAGCUUCAGAAAAAGAAAAAAAAAACAAAAAACUCA